AUGGAUGCCUUAAAUCUCAAUCAAUUACAUUGCUGGGACAACAAAGACUUGCUUAAAACCCACUUGAUUGCUUCACCUUCCUGUGCCCUUCCGCAGCUCUGUGCAGCCUCAGCUCAUUUAGAAGGAUUUGGAGACGAAAUGGGAAGGCAUUCGUGCUGUCUGAAGCAGAAACUUAGGAAGGGCCUGUGGUCUCCGGAAGAAGACGAGAAGCUCUACAAUCACAUCAUCAGAUUUGGUGUUGGUUGCUGGAGCUCAGUGCCUAAGCUAUCAGGGCUGCAGAGAUGUGGGAAAAGUUGCAGACUUAGAUGGAUUAACUAUCUUCGGCCGGACCUGAAGAGAGGAUCCUUCUCACAAGAGGAGGAGAAUCUGAUCAUUGGCCUCCAUGAAGUCUUAGGAAAUAGGUGGUCUCAGAUUGCGUCUCAGCUACCAGGGAGGACAGACAACGAGAUCAAGAAUUUCUGGAACUCGUGCUUGAAGAAGAAACUUCGACAAAAGGGAAUCGAUCCGACGACACACAAACUACUGAUAGAGAUUGCAGGAGAACAGGAGAAGUUCAAUUCUCUUAAUUCAGUUCAUGAAAAUUUAACUAUCAAACCGUCUUUCGACCCGUUUCCCCCUUUAGAAUUCCAAGGGGCAGCAGAUCAAACGGGGGCCAAUCUAAUUGUACAUGAUCAGCUUCAUAGCUCAUUGAUUUCUGCUCCAGCAUUCUGCGAAUUCAGCAACAUAAUGAAUUUUUCUGGGAAUUAUCCCUACGGAAACAGCUCGAGCAGCAGUAGUAACUGGAAUUGCGCCAUGAGAGGAGAUAUGAGCAGCUUUGUGAGCAAUGAGGCUAUGAAUUGGAAGUCUGAAAGCAAGCUGGAACCUAUAGUUGCAGCUCAGUGGCCAUCACUGUCUCAAGAUCCUUCUGUACCUUGUUUUGAAGUUUCUCGAGGAGAAUUUGAUGAAGAUUUCCUUUGACUUUUCUGCAAUUCUGUUCUCCAUUGCCGUCUUUUCUCUUUCCUUUUUUUUUCUUCCUUAAUCAAAUUGUAGAAUUCAUGAAUAAUGUUCAUAAAGUUUCAUCAAGUUAUACAGGUUGUUAGUUCACGUCAUUG